AUGGAUGAAUCAGACAUAGCAAUAGAGGAAAAUCGAAUUGAGUCAUCUGAUAGUCCACAAGUGAAGACAAGCACUUCUGUCAAAGCAUAUGUGCCUCCAAUCCCAUUCCUACAAAGACCGCAAAAAUACAAGCUCGAUAACCAGUUCCAGAAAUUUUUGGAUGUGUUUAAGAAAUUGCACAUUAACAUACCGUUCGCUGAAGCUUUAGCUCAGAUGUCCAGCUACGCGAAGUUCAUGAAAGACAUCCUAUCAAAGAAGAAGAAGUUAGAGGACAAUGAAACGGUCAUGCGUAUUGAGGAGUGCAUCGUAAUGCUCCAACAUAAAUUACCAUCGAAGCUAAAAUAUUCAGAUAAAGUAUUGUGUGAUUUAGGAGUUAGCUCUACUUUAAUGCCUUUAUCUCUUUUUAGAAAACUAGGUCUGGGAGAAGCAAAAGCGACUACAGUUUCACUGCAAUUAGCUGACAAGUCGAUCAAACACCCGCGAGGUAUUUGUGAAGAUAUUUUGGUCAAGGUCGAUAAGUUUAUCUUCCGAGGGGACUUUAUUAUUCUGGAUAUGGAAGAGGAUAGGGACGUCCUUUUCAUAUUGGGUCACCCAUUUUUGGCUACGGGAAGGCUCUGA